GAGGCACUGAAUACCGCUGCGAAUAAUUGAAUAAGUUAAAAAUAAUAAUUUCUAAAAUUGAAAAACCCAACACAGGACAGGACCGCCUCACUUCCUCUCUUGCACGUUCUCGUUUCCUUUGGCUCAUUUUCAACAGUUUAAAUUAGGUACAUUAAAGUUGGUUAAUUUAUGCAGAAGCCAAGGAAACUGAAUAAAUGUUAUGGCCUAGAAGUAGAUUGAAACUUUGUCAUAUAUCAGAAUCCAUUAUGAGAAUUUUACUCUAGGGUUAUAAAAUUGACUUGAAUUUUGAUCUGUUUGGAGUAAAUUGAACAGAGAGUGCUUUAUGUGCGAUUUUAAGUGAUAAUUAUGUUUAGGCAUACAAGUGUGGGCAAAAUUAGUAACAUAUGGAAAAGUUAUGAAUGGGAUUCCCAAAGACAGUGUGAGCUUGAGGAGAAUUUUGUUUCUAACCCAAAAAUGUAUGCCUAAUAAAUGGAAAGAAAGUUUUAAACGACUGGAUGUUCCAAACAAAUGCCCAUGUAUUUCCGGUGAUGAAUAUAUGAUGGAUGACCUUGUUGCAUCGCUGAAGGACUUUUCAAGCCAAGGACUUUUGGGUAAAGCAUUCAAAACUUUUUCUCUUAUACGUCUUCAUGCUUCCUCUAGAGAUAGCUAUUUCAAUAUUUUACUUUCUAUUUCUUCACUUUUAUUAUGUUGUAAUAAGGUUAAAGCACUCAGGCAGGGUAAACAACUUCAUGGUUGUGUAUUCUCAUUGGGGUUAGAACAACAUCCCAUUUUGGUUCCAAAGAUGGUUACUUUUUACUCGACGUUUAAUUUAGUUAUAGAUGCUCAUGUUGUUGUUGACCAUUCAAGCAUAUUGCACCCUUUACCAUGGAAUAUUCUUAUAUCUUUGUAUGUUAGAAAUGGGUUAUUUGCGGAGGCUUUGGGUGCUUAUAAACAAAUGGGAAGUAGGGGGGUUAGAGCUGAUAGUUUUACAUACCCAUCUGUUCUCAAGGCUUGUGGUGAAAUGAUGGACUUGGGAUUUGGAAGGGAGGUCCACAAGUCUAUUAAUUCUUGUGAUGAACAGAGUUUGUUUGUUAAUAAUGCAUUGGUUUCCAUGUAUGGGAAAUUUGGUGAAUUUGGGGUUGCACGCCGGUUAUUUGAUGAAAUGCUUGAGAGGGAUGCUGUUACUUGGAACACCAUGAUCUCUUGCUAUGCUUCCAGGGGCAUGUGGGAGGAGGCUUUUGAGCUUUUUGAGAAAAUGCAGAAGGAGGGUAUUGAAUUGAAUAUUAUAACUUGGAAUACUAUAGCUGGUGGUUGUUUGCGGACAGGCAAUUUCAAGGGAGCUCUUGAGUUGCUCUCCCAGAUCAGAACUCAUGGUGCUCAUUUGGAUUCAGUUGCCAUGAUUAUCGGCUUAGGGGCUUGUUCCCACAUUGGUGCCAUUAAAUUGGGUAAAGAGAUUCAUGGUUCUGCUAUUCGAUGUAGUUGUGAUGAGUUUGAUAAUUUUAGAAAUGCAUUGAUUACUAUGUAUACAAGGUGUAGAGACCUUAGGCAUGCCUAUACAAUAUUUCAGUUGAUAGAAACAAAAAGUAUUAUUACUUGGAACUCAUUGCUUUCUGGUUAUGCUCACAUGGACAGAUCUGAGGAAGCUUCCUUCAUAUUUAGAGAGAUGCUGCUUUCUGAGAUUGAACCAAAUUAUGUGACAAUUGCAAGCAUUCUUCCUCUUUGUGCUAGAGUUGCUAAUCUACAACAUGGCAAGGAGUUCCAUUGCUACCUUAUGAGGCGUGAAAUCUUUAAGGACUAUCUGUUACCAUGGAAUUCUCUUGUGGACAUGUAUGCAAGAUCUGGAAAAGUUGUGGAAGCUAAAAGAGUAUUUGAUUUGAUGUGCACACGAGAUGAAGUGACUUAUACUUCCUUGAUUGCUGGAUAUGGGAUUCAGGGAGAGGGGCAAGUUGCACUAAAACUAUUUGAAGAGAUGAACAAGUUUCAAAUCAAACCGGACCAUGUUACCAUGGUUGCAGUUCUAUCAGCUUGUAGCCAUUCAGGUUUAGUAGUUGAAGGUCAAAGGUUGUUUGAAGAGAUGUUGACUAUUUAUGGUAUAUCACCUCGUCUAGAGCACUUUGCUUGUAUGGUUGAUCUCUUUGGGAGAGCUGGUUUGUUGAAUAAAGCAAAAGAAAUCAUAAACAAAAUGCCUUACAAACCUACACCUGCCAUGUGGGCUACUCUGUUAGGAGCUUGUCGUAUACAUGGAAAUACAAAUAUUGGAGAAUGGGCAGCUGAGAAAUUGUUAGAAACGAGGACAGAAAAUUCAGGUUAUUAUGUAUUGAUUGCUAAUAUGUAUGCUGCUGCUGGUAGUUGGAACAAGCUUGCAAAAGUGAGGACUUUCAUGAGGGACUUGGGUGUGAGAAAAGCUCCAGGCAUUGCUUGGGUUGAUGUGGGCUCUGGUUUUUCUUCCUUUUUGGUGGGGGAUACAUCAAACCUCAAGGCAAAAGAGAUUUAUCCUUUAUUAGAUGGAUUGACUGGGCUAAUGAAAGAUGUUGGAUAUUCUGGAGAGGAACUUACUUCUGAUGAUGAUGCUAUUGAAGGAAUAGGAUGAAAAUGGAUAUUCCAAUUCCAAGAUUCUUGUUCUUUAGCAUUAUGAGUUGUACAUAGUUGAUUUCAUAUAUUCUUGUGGAGCCAAAGUGAAUUAUUUGGCAGGAAGAAUAUAUGUUUACAGAUAACUUAGCGCUCAUCAGGGGGAUAUCUUGGCACUGAGUAGGUGUUCCUUGUCGCUUCAACUUUAGAGAAAAUGUGAGCUGACACUUCCUUGUCUUGGAUCUGUUGCCAAUUCUAUUCUGUAUGCACAUGCUGCUUUUGACUGGCAAGGACGGGUUUUACUGAUGGAUCCUUGGUGGAAACCAGCUGUGAAGUGACAGGCGCAGGAUAGAGUCCAUCAAAGGUGACAGUAUAAGCUGAUCAGUGAUAUGGGAUUUGUUUGGUCGUAAGGUUGGUCCUUAAGGUUUACUUACAUUCUUGACAUAAACAUACACAUUUGUUUCAUUGAUGAACGCUUAACAAAUGGCUAUGAUAGCGCUUUUAUUGUAGAUAGUACCUUAAGCAUUGUUGAAUUGUUCAUUUCCUUUAUCAGCUUGUUGCUCGGCUCUUUUGAAGGGGCUUUUGCGACUUCAAGGACUUGGCUGGGGUUACUUAAAUAUUUAUGCGGAACCUAGCUGUUAUACGCAACAUUUCAGUUUCUUUCCAUUGCUAAGCCGUUGAGAAUUGGGAAAUUUGUUGUGGCAAAAUUGAAAUCUUGUACUCCGAAUUGUACAUCUUGUUUAAUUUUAAUUUAUUGGUUCAAUCACUUAAGAAUUACAUAACUGUAUUGCAUUGUUUACUUUGUUUCAUGAAACUGUGUUUUAAUGUUCAA